CACGUAGAGGCGUUUCAUAUUUUAUACCUCACGCGGAUAAGUUUUAUAAUUGUUUGUGAUUUAAUUUAUAAUAUAAUAAAAUGAGCUUUUAAAUUAAUAACACAACAAGUUUACAAGAGUUUGUAUAUAAAUAAAUAAAUUAAACAUGUGGCAUGAAGCCCGUAAACAAGAACGCCGCAUACGCGGUCUUAUUGUUGAUUACAGACGCCGGGCAGAACGGAGACAAGAUUUUUAUGAAAAAAUUCAAGCGGAUCCUACACAAUUCAUACAAAUUCAUGGCAGACGUUGCAAAAUACAUUUGGAUCCAGCCGUUGCAGCGGCCGGAGAUGGAGCUGCAAUCAUUGUUCCUUGGCAAGGCCAACAUGAUAACCUAAUAGAUCGUUUCGAUGUUCGUGCUCACCUGGACUAUAUACCUGUCAUACCGAAAAGCUCGGAUAAUGAUGCGGACAUAUCUCAGGAAGAGCGGCAAUGUAACUACGAACGUUACAGAAUAUUAGCACAAAAUGAUUUCUUAAAUGUGUCUGAAGAGAAAUUUUUACAUCAAUUAUUUUUGGAGGAACAGUUUGGCGCAAAUGCACCACUGGAGGGUCAAAGUAAUCAGGGCAAAAAGAAAUCACAGAAGUCGGGCGCUGCUAUAGGGUAUUCGUAUGAUGAUUCAACGGAAAAUCCUGCGGAUGCUCAACAACCUUUUGCACAUCUAAAGCAUUCAAUAGCUGCAGGAGGCGCAGGAGGACCUUCAGCUGGUACUGCAACUGCAGCCACUAUGAAGAAGACUGAACAUGAAUCAGAAUCAGAGUCGGACUCUGAUAUGGAUAUGGAUGUAUCCAUAGAAGUGACGAAGUUGGAUACAAAUCAGGCACAUGAAUUAAAUGCAUGUGGUCGUAAUUAUGGCAUGUUGAGUAAUGAUUUCUACUCCUAUUUGACAAAAGAUGCUGAUGAGGCGGACGCAUUACGCUUAGCCAGAGAAGAGGAACGUGAAAAAAUCCUACUAGGAGGUCGUAAGUCAAGAAGGGAAAGGCGAGCACAAAAAGAAAGGCGAAUUGCAAGGAGACCUUUUAGUCCGCCAAGUUAUGCGGCUAAAGAAGAUAAUAUAGGAAAGGAUGAAGAAAGUGAUUCAAGGUCACCUUCUCCAUCUGAUACCACCGAGAAAAUCACAUAUAUCACAUCAUUUGGUGGUGAAGAUGAGUUGCAACCUCAUUCCAAAAUUACAAUAACAUUGGGCAAGGGAUCUUCUACAUUGGGAGCAGCGUGUGUGGGUGCAAGUACUUCAGCUGCCUUAGGACAAACUACAUAUGCUCAGAAGGUAAAGGAAAAUUUGGAAAAGCUGAAACAAUUAAAUGUCACCACAAAGAGGAGAGCCACCCGAAGUCAUAGCUAUUCACGUAGUAGAUCGCACAGUCGAACACGUAGGCGUUCGCGGAGAUCUCCUCGUAAAUCUAGAUCUAGAAGUGCAUCGUACAAAAGACAUCGGAAAGUUGACAAAAGGUCUGCUACCCGUUCACGAUCUAGAUCGCCAAAUAAAUUACGUAGUUCCUACUCGAGAAGACAUAGGGAAGGUUAUAAACGAUCUAGAACUAGAUCACAUACGAGAUCUCAUUCUAAAUCAAGAUCAAGACGUAGACGCUACAAUACUUCAUCGUCGUCAUCAUCAACAUCGUCAAUUGUCCGAAGUUCCGUGUCACCAUUGCGAACAAAUUAUAAAUCAUUAAGAAGAUCAAAACGCAGCCCUAAGAAUAUUUCAUCUUCAAAACACAGAUCUCGUAGUUCUUCACUAUCGAACACAAAGCGUGGCAGAGCAACAGAUGCAAAAGAGAAAUCCAAAUCUCCUCGCAAAGCCUUAGAAACUGCAAUUACUAAACAAACCGAAAUUAUAUUGCCCUCAAUAACCUCAACAGCGCCAUUGAAAACAGCUUUAACAGUCCCCCCUCCGCCUGUACCUCCGCCUAUUGAAACAGCCGUCAGUAAACAAUCAUUACCCGUUGUAAAUGUUAUCGAACCCCCUCCUCCGCCACUAAAGCGUUAUUAUGGUCGGAAAAAAGAUGAAUAUUCUUCAUCUGAAAAUAAUUCAGAAUCUGAAAAUAACAAUGAUGAGGACACUUCAGCGCAACCUCCAAAAAUUAAAGAAACAUUAGAUACUCAAGAACUAAUGGAUGUGGACACUACCUCUGAAAAGUCUAAUCCUUUGCCUUCAACUUCAACGUAUAAGGGAAAAUCGCAACAGCAAACGCCGCAACAAACAGGCAAAUAUGGCUCCAACGCGUCUAAUAGUAAUGCUCCCGAAACCAAAGGAUCAUCUGGAAGUGGAGGUGGUGGUGGCAGUAGCAGCAGUGGACGAUUAAAUUUACGCGAACGUUUAAAAAGGAAAAUGCAGAAUUUGCUUAAUAAGCAAUAUAAAGCUGACAAAAAAGCUGAAAUUGAAAAAACCGAAAGGGAAAGACAAUUACAACAGGAACGAGAAGAGGAAAUGCGUGAAUUAUCCAUAAAAUUACGCAGAAGGCAAAGAGAAAUACGUCAUCGUUAUGGGUCACAAAAUAGUAAGGAAUCGGAAAGUGAUACUUCGGACACAGCUGUAGCUACCAAAACAAAACGUAGCAAAUCACGUAGCAGCGAACGUUCUAGUGUUAAAACAUCCAGACGUCGUAGUCGAGAGCAUAAACACAAAUCACCAUUAACAUUAAAACGUUCUGCUAGUCGUGAGCGCAGACGAUCACCAAGUCGUUCUAGUAGACAACCUAGGUCAUGUUCUCAAUCUCGUAGUAGGCGUAGCAACUCAAGACGACGAAGACGUAGUGUAUCGCGUCCCAGACGUCAUCGAGAGCCAAGCUACGAACGAUCUUCGCGUUAUACUACUGAAAGGUCACGAUAUGACGAUCGUCGUAGGCGAUCAACAUCAAGAAAUGAACGUGAACGAGAUAGAGACCGUGACCGCGAACGGGAUCGAGAUCGUGAGCGAGACAGGGAUCGUUUGCGCAAUAGGGAUAGGGAUCGUGAUAGUGAUAGACAAAGGUAUUGGGGUAGUAGUGGUACCUCAGAUCGUUAUCGCUCCGAUAGAGGCGGCGAUGGACGAGAACGCUCGGAUAGAGAUAGACAUCAUCGGGAUCACCGUGCUGCUGAAGGUUCUCAACCGUCUGCUGCAAGUGCUACUACCUCUUCAACGACAGCGAGUCGCAGUCGUGUUGUUAUUUCAGCUCCACCAAAAUUAAAGAAAUUGGUGGAUUAUUAGUUUCUAACUUUUAAAGGGAUUUAAAGUAAUCUCCUAAUUAUGUUUUAUCCAUUUUUUUCUUUCUUUUUAUUUUAAGUUUAAAUACUUUCUUAAGAAAAUAAAAAAAGAUACAUAUGUACUUGUUAAAUUUUUAAAAUCAGUGUUAACAAAAACUUUGGAAAUAAAACAUUUUAAAAAUA